CUGGGAACAGUUGCGAAUGCAACGUCGGUCAACGACGACGGAACGUCUAGAACGUCCUUCCACCAUCUACAAAGGAUAUUAACUAAAAAAAUAAAAUAAAAUACAAACAAGUCAAGCAAACAAAAAACAACUGAACAAACAGUUUGAAGAUAUUCACCAAAAACUUGAACCUAGUACAAAAUGCUUGCCUAGCUAAGCAGUAAAUUGCGCAUACGACGCGUUGUGCAAAAUAAGAAAGAAAAAAAAAAUACAAAACAAAGAAAACUUAACUGUGAUAAACAACUUAUAAUUUCUUCAUUCAAUAUUUACUGUGUGCUCAAAAGAGUAUAUAUUUAACAAAAUCUGUGCCACAGUUACGAUGUCUGUACCUAUGUUAUUAACACCGCUGGAAAUCCAAUCGCUCGAUGAGCACAUGCAAAAUUGCGCCGAUGCUGCAGCAGCCAUCACUGCCAACAACUAUGGCGGCACGGGCAACGAGCUGCUCGAGUCGGCUUCGCUGGCUGGCAACUGCAAGCCCACGAUGAGGAAGUUCAAUGUUCGGCUGGAGACACCGUUGGCACCCGAGGAGCAACUGGGGCUGACUGGCGAUGCCAAGGCCCUGGGCGAGUGGCAAUUGUCGCGCUGUGUGCCGCUCGAGCGCUUGGACGAUCUCACCUGGCAGACUAAUGUGCGGCUGCAGUCUUGCCGUCAGCUGGAGUACCGUUACUUUGUCUACAUUGAGAACGCGGCGGGCUACAAGCAAAUCCGUCGCUGGGAGACUCACUUCAAGCCGCGCGUGCUGUAUCCCUGUCCGGAGCAGCAGUGCCACGGUCCGCUGGAUGUCUUCGGCUUGACCAGCUUGGACGAGAGCUCGGCUCAGGUGCAUCGGGGCUGGCUCAACCACGAGGCUAUCGUACAGCUAAAGUUCAAUGGCGAGAAGAUGUUCCAGGUGCAUGACAUUGAGACCUUCGAUCCGCAGCAUGUCCAGCUGAAAAUCGUGCCCGUCGAGGAGUCCGCCGGACUGGUGGUAGAGUACAGCAAGCAGCUCUACGGCAAGAGCCAACUGCAGCUGCAGCCGGCCUAUGGCGUUUCAUAUACGAAAGGCGACAUAGUCAUCUUCCAUAUCACCUUGCCGCUGGAUCGCAUGAUGCUGCAGAACUUCCGGCUGGAGUGCUACAGCUUGGACCAGGAACUCUUGGGCAGUGCCAGUCUGAGUGCCGCACAGCUGGUGGGCAGCGAGGGGCUGCUGCAGCUGCACAUCAAGUCCGCCGAGCGGCCGGAGGAGACGUUGGCACGCCUGCGGCUGCCUUAUGUGGUGGUGCAGCCAUAUCAGUACUCGCCGCUGGACUUCAAGACCACCUACGCCCACUACUGGCCGCGCAGCUGGCCCAACCUGGAUGUGGGCCAUCGCGGCAAUGGCAAGAGCUACAUUGCCGAGGCGCCGCUGGAGCGGGAGAACACAAUCGCCUCGUUCCUGAGCGCCUAUGCACAUCAUGCGGAUAUGGUGGAGCUGGAUGUGCACCUGACGGCUGACGGGAUCCCAGUGAUCUAUCAUGACUUUGGCCUGCGCACUGCGCCGCCGGGCAAGCUGAUCGAGAAGCCCGAGCAGCUGGAGUACGUGCUGAUCAAGGACAUCAACUAUGAGCUGCUCAAGCGGCUGCGCAUCUUCUCGGUGGUCAAUGGCAAGGUGAUGGAGUAUCCAGCACACAAUGCGGAGCCACGGCCAGAGCAUCGCAUCUUCCCCAGACUGGUCGACGUGCUGCAGCAGCUGCCCAAGUCGCUGGGCAUCGAUGUGGAGAUCAAGUGGCCGCAGCGGCGCCAGGGCGGCGGCUCUGAGGCGGAGCAGACCAUCGACAAGAACUUCUUUGCGGAUCGUGUGCUGUACGAGGUCAUUCAAUUCGGCUGCGGCCGCCCGCUGAUCUUCUCCAGCUUCGAUGCCGACAUGUGCACCAUGCUGCGUUUCAAGCAAAACAUCUUCCCCGUCAUGUUCCUCACUCAGGGCGAGACCAAGAAAUGGCAGCCCUUCAGUGAUCUGCGCACGCGCAACUUCCUGGCCGCAGUUAACAAUGCGCAGGCCUUCGAGCUGGCCGGCACGGCGCCACAUGCCGAGGAUUUUCUGGGCGAGAAUGCUGCCCAUUUGCUGGAGCAGGCGCGUGUCCAGGGCCAGAUAAUCGUCAUCUGGGGAGACGACUGUAAUUCCAAGGAGCGCGUCAAAUAUUUCACGGAAAUUGGAGCCACGGCCACCUGCUACGAUCGCAGCGAUCUCUAUAUCUCCGAGACGAAGCAGCGAUCGUUCUUCAAUUCCAGCGCUCUGCUCGCCGAGUUCGAGGCUCAAUGCAGAAUGUAAAAGGGGAAAUCGGGGGAUGAGGGAUGGGUAUUGAGGGUAGCCAUUGGGAUGGGCCCAUAAACGUAGUUUAAGCAUUACACUGAGAUCACAAAAAAAAAAGAAAAAAAUAAAAAAUUUACUCAAGCUAGCGAUCUACACCAGGUAACCAGAACUUGUAUAUACUAUUGCGUACCUAUCCAUAGAAUGUAAAUAUCUGAGAGUUAAAUUUAUAUAUAUUUUGUAAUAAUCAUUGUGAACUCAGCUUAAGUCUAAUUGAAGCUAUAUUUGUAUUUCGUUCUAAGCAAAUUGAUUUUAUAUUUAUUCAAAUUAUGUCGAAAGCAAAAAUUGUACAGUAAAGUUUCGCUGGCGAGCUCAGGGAAGGAAAAUGAA